GAAGCUAAGUUCGAUGUUUUACAUAUAGUUGACACAAAUCCCACUCAAGCGAAAAUUGUCCAACCAAGAAACUCAAGGUUGAAAUAUCCGGAAAAAAAACGCGUUUUUUAUGCGAGUUUGUCUAGAUUUUACAUAAUUAAACAUGAAAAUGCAUCAAUUUGCUUAAUUAAUUUUAUACUACUUUAAUAUUUAAUGGAUAUCAACUCAGGAAUGUGACCGGUUCUCAUCAAGAUCUCAAGUUUUUCUUCAUUGCAGUGUGUAGCAGCCUGUUCAUAUUCUUUGACCCUACUUAUAAAGUAGAAUUUUGCUGUGAAAUAUGAAAUCUUAAAGCUUGUAACUUUGUUUUUUCCCCCCUUUCUUCCGAUCGUUCUGUCCUUUUCUGUUCUUUUUAUUAUUAAUUGUGCCAGUUCCUGUUCAAUCAAUGCAUAUUUUUCGCCUAAGACUUCGUUAACUCGAUACUUUUUCGAUUUUCGUUGUGCUUUCUUGAUUGUUCAUGUGAAUUACAGUUGAAAGUUGACUUGUUUAUUCUUUAAUUUGGUUAGUUGAUUUGAAAAUACUUAAAACUAUUGAAUUGUUUGGGGUAUUUAGGUUUUCUUAGUAGGUUUUCUGGGCUAAUUAAAAGGUUCAUUAGGAAUUAUUUUUGGCGAAACGAGGUGGAAAAGAAGAAUUUUGAUUUUUGAAGGUGAUGGGUUUUUUUGGGAAUGAUCUUAGGAUUAGAUCUUAUUUACUUACUAAGCAUAAGAUUUAGCGCUUAAUGCUAAAGGGGUUCUGAGGAAAUUGAUUUAGGGAUUAGAUGGGGAACACUUGUGUUGGACCAAGCAUAUCCAAAAAUGGUAUUUUUCAAUCGGUUUCAGCUGCCAUUUGGCGAUCCCAAAUGCCAGAUAAUAAUGAUUCUUCUGUUAAUGGGGAGACCGCGAAAAAUGAGAUGCCAACUUCUGGUAGGGAACCAGAGUCACCCAUGCCAGUCCAAAACACGCCACCCGAACAAGUGACAAUCCCAAAGCCGGAAACUAAACAAGAAGAGCCGGCUAAACCUAGAAAGCCUCCUCAUAUAAAGAGGAAUAACAGUGCAGGGCUUAGGACUGAUUCUGUUUUGCGGAGGGAAACUGGAAAUCUGAAGGAGUUUUUUAGAUUGGGGAAGAAAUUAGGACAAGGGCAGUUUGGAACAACAUUCCUUUGCGUGGAAAAAGAGACGGGCAAAGAAUACGCUUGCAAAUCGAUUGCCAAGAGGAAGUUAUUGCAUGAUGAUGAUGUUGAGGAUGUUAGAAGGGAAAUUCAGAUAAUGCACCAUCUAGCUGGGCAUCCAAAUGUUAUAUCUAUUAAAGGGGCAUAUGAGGAUGCUGUUGCGGUUCAUGUUGUUAUGGAGUUAUGUGCAGGUGGGGAGCUUUUCGAUAGAAUCAUUCAACGAGGGCAUUAUACCGAAAGGAAGGCCGCUGAGCUUUCUAGGACUAUAGUUGGAGUGGUGGAAGCUUGUCAUUCUUUGGGAGUUAUGCAUCGUGAUCUCAAGCCCGAAAAUUUCCUUUUUGUUGAUCACAAGGAGGAAUCUCUCCUCAAGACAAUCGACUUUGGAUUGUCAAUAUUCUUCAAGCCAGGGGAAAAAUUUACUGAUGUGGUGGGUAGUCCAUAUUAUGUUGCACCAGAAGUUCUCCGAAAGCGCUACGGGGUUGAAGCCGAUGUUUGGAGUGCCGGAGUAAUUGUUUAUAUUUUACUCAGUGGAGUUCCUCCUUUCUGGGCCGAAAACGAGCAAGGAAUAUUUGAACAAGUCCUACAUGGCGAUCUUGACUUUGCAUCAGAUCCCUGGCCAAGUAUAUCAGAAGAGGCAAAAGAUUUGGUUAGGAGAAUGCUUGUUCGAGACCCCAAACAGCGUUUAACUGCACACGAAGUCCUGUGCCACCCUUGGGUUCAAGUUGAAGGAGUGGCUCCUGACAGGCCUCUCGACUCGGCAGUUUUGAGUCGUAUGAAACAAUUUUCAGCGAUGAAUAGACUCAAGAAAAUGGCUCUUAGAGUAAUUGCCGAGUCCUUAUCCGAAGAAGAAAUUGCUGGCCUGAAAGAAAUGUUUAAGAUGAUAGAUACGGAUAACAGUGGCCAAAUCACUUUUGAAGAACUCAAAGCUGGACUGAAGAGAGUCGGCGCCAAUCUGAACGAGUCCGAGAUUUAUGAUCUAAUGCAAGCGGCAGAUGUCGAUAACAGUGGAACCAUUGAUUACGGGGAGUUUGUAGCUGCAACAUUGCAUCUCAACAAAAUUGAGAGAGAGGAUCACUUAUUUGCUGCAUUCUCAUACUUCGAUAAAGAUGGAAGUGGCUAUAUCACCCCAGACGAGCUUCAACAAGCUUGUCAAGAGUUUGGCAUGGAGGAUUCGCGCCUUGAAGAGAUGAUCCGGGAAGUUGACCAGGACAAUGAUGGACGUAUAGAUUACAACGAGUUUGUUUGCAUGAUGCAAAAAGGGAUUCCUAUUGCUGGUGGUGGUAAGCGAGGCCUAGAGACUAGUUUCAGCAUAAAUUUCAAAGACGCGCUUAAAUUUUAAUACGGGCUUUCAUGAUGUUUUUGUUCCUUAUUCUUUUCUUUUCUUUUCUUUUUCUUCCUCGUCCUAUCGAAGAUGAGGUUGGAAUGGUAUAGUAAGAGGUUGGAAUGGUAUAUAGUAAGAAGCCCUUGUGGUUAAAACUCUCCUUGUUUCUCUGACUGCUGUAAUGUGAAGGCAACAAAAACCAAUUUUGCAGUAAAAUUUACUCUUUGGUGAAGAAUUAUCCUCUUUUCA